AUGGCGGCGGUGCUGAGUAAUGUCUGGUGCUCAGAUAUCAGGAUGUCUAAAGCAGCAGAGGAGGAGAAGCCUGGGGCUGAAUAUCCAGGGGACAGUUCAGACUCUGACAGAAACAGCCCUGACGACCAGGUCCAGCCAAUGAAAACCAGCCCCUUCAGCCUCUCUCCCACAGCGGCUGGCAGCAAGGUAAAAAGUAAGGAGAGUUCAGAGAUGGCCCACAGCACCGCUCCUCCUGCUCCUCCCUCACAGCACCACCACACACAGCUGAUGCUGGCUGGCAGUCAGCUCGCAGGGCUUGCCGCUCUCCUCCCGGCCCAGCAGCAGCUUCUCCUCCAGCAGGCUCAGGCUCAGCUCCUGGCGGCCGCCGUUCAGCAGUCCAACGCCGCACACGCCGUUCACGCCGCCCACGCCGCCGCACAGCAACAGGCCAACCAGCAACAUCAUCAGCAGCAGCAGAGCCAAUCACAGCAGCAGCAGCAGUCAACCAAACAGGAGCAAACAGUCCCACAGCUGACUCUGUCGCAGCCAAUCCAGCUCACAGCGCAGGACAUCCAGCAGCUGUUGCAGCUCCAGCAGCUGGUGUUGAUGCCGGGUCAUCCUCUCCAGUCUCCUGCCCAGUUCCUCCUGCCCCAGUCAGCACAGGCCCAGCAGCCACAGCAGGGUUUGCUUUCUUCACAAAAUCUGAUCCAGCUACCUCAGCAAAGCCAGGGAGGCCUCCUGACAUCACCGCCUCGCCUGGGACUCCAAGCACAGAGAGAGAAGAGCAUUGAUGUGGUCGGUGGAAGCGGCGGCGGCUCACUAGUGGCCUCCGGCAGCGGUGGCGUCGUGACGUCCGUAGGAGCAACCUCAGCCUCCAGCAGCGCCAUCGUCUCCUCGCUCGGCUCCAGCUCGACCCCUGGAGGCCUCGGGGGUCACCUGGGCGAGGAGCCCAGCGACCUGGAGGAGCUGGAGCAGUUUGCCCGCACGUUCAAGCAGCGACGCAUCAAGCUGGGAUUCACACAGGGAGACGUCGGCGUCGCUAUGGGCAAACUGUACGGCAACGACUUCAGCCAGACGACCAUCUCCCGCUUCGAAGCUCUCAACCUCAGCUUUAAGAACAUGUGCAAGCUGAAGCCGCUGCUGGAGAAGUGGCUGAAUGACGCAGAAACCAUGGCGGUGGACAGCAUGCUGCCCAGCCCCUCCUCUCUCUCCUCCCCGAUGCUGGGGAUUGAGGGGCUGCCCGGCCGACGCAGGAAGAAACGCACCAGCAUCGAGACCAACGUGCGGGUGAUGCUGGAGCGCAACUUCCACAUGAACCAGAAGCCUACCUCGGAGGAGAUCCUGCUGAUGGCGGAGCAGCUCACCAUGGAGAAGGAGGUGAUUCGCGUUUGGUUCUGCAACCGCCGGCAGAAAGAGAAACGCAUCAACCCCUCCAGCAGCACCACCCCCCCCUUGCCCAGCCAGACUUCGCCCAUCGUGACGCACAAAGCCUCCUGCUACAGCCCGCACAUGAUCUCGAGUCAGGGUCUGUCCCAGGUCACCACCAGCCUCAGCACAACAGCUGCCAGCUUGUCACCUUCAGCGUCCUGCCCCAUGACGCCCGUCAGCUCGGCUGCCGUCGGCUCCACCUCUUCUUCUGUGACUCCACCCCCUCAUAGCACAGCCAGCCCCGCCCCCCCCGGCCUCGGGGCCCACGGGCUCCACACCGGGAACACAAUGAUGGGAGUAAGCACAGCGAUGAACCAGGCCCUCAUGGGCAGCAAUCCCCUGGCCACAAUGCAAGCCCUGGCAGCGAGCGGUGGUCAGCUGUCCAUCUCCGGCCUCGAGGGGGGGCACUUGCUUCUGGGCGGACACGCGGGAGCCGCACUCCGCUCGUCCCUCUUCCUCAACCGCCCCACUCUCCUUCCCAUGGUGACCGGCUCCAUCGGGACGGCCUCCACGCCGGCCAUGGGACUGGUCAGCAGCAGCGGCAUAGGCGUUCCGAGGCCGUCCUUCUCCCUGUCUCCGCCCACCGGCGCCAGCGACCUCAUGAGCCCGACCUCUUGUCACGAGGAGUCCGCCUCUCCCUGUUCCAGCCCCACCUCUUUCUGUUCCUUCAGCGAAGCCUCGCCGCCGCCCCUGGGAGGGGCCAUGGCCGAGUGAUCCCUGACUGACAGCCAAAGUGUCCUAUCAGAGGAGGACGAGGAGGAGGAAAGAUGGCGUCAAAGGAGCUUUAAAAAUCUGAAAUUUACAACCUCGCCUUUCAACCAAAGCCAUCUCUCUGUCUGAUCCAUCUGUGACCUCGUCUCUCUGUGUCUCCUCGGACGUCCUCAGAAGCCAAAAAUAUACGAGUGAGGAGGGGGGGGCAAAGAGAGAGAGAGGACGGAGAGGAUAGAGAGAACUGCAGAAUGGAGGGGAGAGAUCUGAAACCAAAUAAUGAUCCACAG